AUGGAUCAACAAGGUCAAUCCGGGGUUCCCGGACCAGCUGGGCGAAAGCUUCAUAUUGCCCACAGGAGAAGUCCCUCUGAGCUCACUCCCCUCAUGAUGGAACAACUGGCUAUCCAGCAGCAAAUCGAGCUGCUUCAGCAGCAACAGCAGCAAAUCGCCGCCACACACCAACAAUACGUGAACAUGGGCCUGCUGCAACCACAGCAACUGGGCCAGGUUCCUGCUUUCUCUCAAUCUCUCCAAGGAGGCGGCACAUCCAUGGCCGGUGUUUCCCCUCAACUCAACGCUUUCCAGUUUCCCCAAGUUGGCCAGCAACAGCUGGGAGUCCCCAUGAAUGCUUCGGCUCAACACUCGCAUCGUCGCAAUCAAUCCGCUCUCCCAGGUCUCGGUAUGGGUCCUCCCCCAGCUCCAUCAUCGGGAGCUUCGGGUUAUGCCGACUACAACCAACAACAGCAGGGAAACAAUCAGAAGCAUGAAAAUGGUGGUCAUGGCCGUUCACGGGGAGGGCCCCCCGGUGGUGGUGGCCACCAGCGCCGUCAUUCCCUCGCCCUUCCCGAAGCUAAAAAGGCUGCAGAGCUCGCCCAGCAGAAGAGAACUGCCUCUGGUUUCCAGUUCCCUGCACCCGGCAAUACCGGCGAUUCAUCCGAUAACACAUCGACUUCGGAGGACAAAUCAACCCCUGGCUCUGCACAACCGCCCCAGGGCCUAGGUCUUCACCGAGCUGGCAAUAUUCGUGCUAGCGGUCAUGGUCGGAGCCAGUCCAUGGCUGUGGGCGGCAACAGGGGUUCUCUGUCCGGCCGUGGUGCAGGUGGUUUCCAGUUCCCUUCGAACGAUGGCAUGGGCUCUGAGAACCAGCGACGUGGAAGUCAGCCUGCACACGCUCGCACAUCCUCGAGAAAUUUUGACGGCAAUUGGCGCCAGCCAAACAACCAAGCUCAGAACCAAGAUCAGCAGAAGGGUCUUGGGCAACAGGGAUCGGGAUUCCAGCCUGGCCAUCGUGCCCGCGCAUCGAUGAAUCAGUCAAUUGGCUCGAUCGGUCAAUUCCAGUAUCCAGGCCAGCCUCAACUAAUCCAACUCCCGCAGGGCCAGGUAGUCAUGGCUCCACCCCAGAUGUUUGGCGGUGGCCAGCAGCUUAGCCCCCUUCAACUUGCACAGCUCCAGGCUCUGCAGCAGAAUGGGCAGCUUAAUGGCCAGGGUCUUGGUCUCCAGGCCAGUCAACAUGCUCCUCCUCAGCUGUCUGUCCAGCAGCAGCAGCAGCAGCAACAGCAACAGCAGCAGCAGCAGCGCAAGACCCUGUUCACCCCCUACCUUCCCCAGGCAAAUCUCCCUGCGCUCUUGAGCAACGGUCAGCUUGUUGCGGGUAUCCUUCGCGUGAACAAGAAAAAUCGUUCCGAUGCGUAUGUCACUACCCCGGACCUGGACGCCGAUAUCUUCAUCUGUGGAAGUAAAGACCGCAAUCGCGCUCUCGAGGGCGACUAUGUUGCUGUUGAGCUUCUCGAUGUAGACGAGGUCUGGACCCAGAAAAGAGAAAAAGAGGAAAAGAAGAAGCGCAAGGACAUCACAGAUGCUCGCUCGGGAAGUACCGCUGGGGCUGACAAGCUGUCUCGCUCUGAUUCAGGUCACAAUGGGGAUCGUCAGGAGAUUGGACCCGAUGGCAGCAUCCGCCGCCGCGGUAGUCUUCGCCAGCGACCAACCCAGAAGAAGAACGAUGACGUUGAAGUCGAAGGACAGAGCUUACUUCUCGUCGAGGAAGAUGAAAUCAGUGACGAGCAGAAGCCCUUGUAUGCCGGUCACAUUGUCGCGGUCAUUGAACGUAUCGCCGGACAAAUGUUCUCCGGUACCCUUGGCCUCCUUCGUCCCAGCAGCCAGGCAACAAAGGAGAAGCAGGAAGCUGAGAGGAUUGCCAGAGACGGUGCUCACGGCCGCCACCAGCAAGACCGCCAGCAGGAGAAGCCCAAGAUCGUUUGGUUCAAGCCGACCGAUAAGCGGGUCCCCCUGAUCGCGAUCCCUACAGAGCAGGCUCCCCGUGACUUCGUCGAGAAACACCAAGAAUAUGCCAAUCGUAUCUUUGUUGCAUGCAUCAAACGGUGGCCGAUCACUUCGUUGCAUCCAUUUGGUACUCUUGUUGAGCAACUAGGAGAAAUGGGCGACCUGAAAGUGGAAACGGAGGCCCUCCUCCGAGACAAUAACUUUGGCUCUGACGAGUUUUCCGAUGCGGUCCUAAAGAGCAUUGGUUGGGACAACUGGUCGGUCUCUAGCGAAGCCGAUGUUUCAUCUCGUCGCGAUUUCCGUCAGGAAGCCACUUUUACCAUUGAUCCCAGUGGAACUAAAGAGCUGGAUAGCGCCUAUCACUUCAAGGCCCUCCCUGACGGAAAAGUAGAGAUUGGUAUUCACAUCAGUGAUAUUGCUCAUUUCGUCAAAGCCAACUCCCUGGUUGACCGGGAGGCCAAGAAACGUGGAACUGCCGUCUAUCUAGUGGACCGGCUUGUCAAUAUGUUGCCUCUGCGGAUCUCGACCGAAUUGUGCGCUUUGCUCCCUGGAGAGGAGCGCUUCACCGUCAGCGUCGUCUUUAAGGCUAGCCCAGAGACGGGUGCCAUCGACGAUGAUGUAUGGAUCGGCAAGGGUAUCAUCAAGAGCUCAGGCAAACUAAGCUAUGAUGAGGUAGAGUCUGUGAUCCAAGGCACUUCCGAUAUCUCUGUGACUGGUGUUACCGUCGAUACCAUCCGUAAACUACAGAACAUUACCUCGAAAUUCCGUGAAGUGAGAUUGGGUAAUCGAGUUUCCCUCAUCCCGCCGCUUCGCCUGCUGCACCAGCUGGAUGAUGAGAAUGUGCCAGUGGAGAACAACAUCUUUGACUCCUCAGCCGUACGCGAGCUUGUGGAGGAGCUAGGCCAUAAGGCAAACUUCCUGGUUGCGCGCAAGUUGGUGGCGGCUUUGCCUGAGAAGGCCUUCCUCCGUCGUCAAAUGCCGCCCAACCCCCGUCGCCUUCAGUCUUUCGUUGAUCGCAUGAACAGCCUCGGGUUUGGCUUGGAUCCCACAAGCAGUGGAACCUUGCAGAGUAGCCUCUGCAAGGUCCAGGAUGACGACUUGCGUAAGGGAAUGGAAACAAUCUUGACGAAAUCCAUGCAACGCGCGAAAUACUGUGUUGCUGGCAAUCUGCAGGAUGAGCAGCGUCAGCACUACACCCUCAAUCUACCCGUGUACACUCAUUUUACGAAUCCUUCCCGCCGUUAUUCCGAUAUAAUUGUCCAUCGUCAGUUAGAGGCUAUCUUAUCGGACGGCGCAAUUGAGUUUUCCGACGAUAUUGAAACCCUCAGCAAGACCGCAGAACUUUGUAACAACAAGAAGGAUUCUGCCCAUAACGCUCAGGAGCAGAGUGUUCAUAUCGAGGCGUGCCGCAAUAUGGAUAAAAUACGCCAGGAAAUCGGUGGUGAUCUGAUCAGCGAGGGUAUCGUUAUUUGCGUCUACGAGUCUGCGUUUGACGUUCUUAUUCCCGAGUACGGUUUCGAGAAGCGAGUUCACUGUGAUCAACUCCCUCUUAAGAAGGCCGAAUACCGCAAAGAGACCCGGGUUCUGGAGCUCUACUGGGAGAAGGGUGUGCCCUCAUCAGCUUACAUCCCUGAGGACGAACGCCCUAAGCCCGCUAGUUCCCGUGCUGCCCAAGCUGCCGCUGCUGCGCGGGAGGCAGAAGCUGCGCGGGAGCGUGCUAGGGAGAGGGAGGAAGCUAUGAGGAGACAGACUGAAACUAGAACCAUGUCUGCUGAUGAUGUUGAUGCUCUCUUCGACGAUGAUGACGAUGUCUCUGAAGUCACAGAGAUGGCAGCAGGCGUGUCGUUGACUUCUUCUGCUGACCGUUCGACUCAAAGCAUGCCACCUUCCCCUACCCGCAACGGCCAUAUGCCCCAAGGCCCUCACCGCACCCGCUCUGACCCCAAAAUUGCCACGAGCACUGCGGAUGCCCCUGAAGCUAAAUUGACCAAUAAGGAGAAGUAUCUCCGCCUGUUCAAGCUUAGAGAGGAAGGUGGAGAAUAUAUUCAAGAUGUUACCGAGAUGACUCGCGUACCCAUCAUUCUCAAGACCGAUCUGACCAAGAGUCCACCAUGCCUCACUAUUCGCUCGGUCAACCCCUUUGCUUUGUAG